GGUGAACUCAAAAUCCCUAGGCCAAAAUGUGUUGAAGCUGAUGGUUGCAUAGCGAUUGAAAAGAUCUCUGGCUCACUCUCCCUGUGUAGUGUCUCGCUUUCAUGGCUACCGCGAGCUCUCUCUCCCUCUUACGUGGUCCGCUGACAGUACGAGCUUUGGGUUUCGUUAGAGCGUCUAAUACUCGUCUUCCCCACUCUCUCCCGCUCUUCCAUCGCGCUAUUCACUACCGCAGGUCUUAUGUAAGUGCUGCAACUGAUGAAGAGGCUUCUGCCAGGCUUGCUGCAGCCACUGCUGAUACUGGAGCCCCAACAAUAUUUGAUAAAAUAAUUGCUAAGGGGAUACCUUCAACCAUAGUAUAUGAGGAUGAUGAGGUUCUUGCUUUUCGGGAUAUCAAUCCACAAGCUCCUGUUCAUGUUCUAAUUAUUCCAAAAUUAAGGGAUGGAUUAACACAACUCAGCAAGGCUGAAGAAAGACACACAGAGAUCUUGGGACGUCUUCUCUAUGCUGCCAAAAUUGUAGCAGAGAAAGAAGGAAUUCUGGAUGGCUUUCGGGUUGUUAUUAACAAUGGUCCGCAAGCGUGUCAAUCUGUUUACCAUCUUCACUUGCACGUACUCGGUGGGAGACAGAUGAAAUGGCCUCCGGGCUGAGGAUAUGAUCAAACUUUGGCAUGGGCAAAAAUGUUAGCAGUUUGAUUUGCUUUUCAUUUAUUGAGUAUUUCUUAGUCAGUUAGUCCAUCUACGAACUAGAUAAUAUAUAUCAAUGGAUUAUUGAACUUUACAAUAAACUUAGAGCCGUUAAAAUAGGUUUAGCCCGCCGGGUUAGUCUGUCCUGCCCCGCGAAAAGGGAAAAGCCCGCCCCGCCUAACCCGCGGGCUUUGGCGGGGUGGAUUUGACGGGCUGGCGGGGGCCGCCAGAUGUAUAAUAAAAAAAAUUAUUAAAAUAAAUAAAUGCAACAAUAAUUAUAUAUA